CGGCCGCCUUGCGCCGGCGCAGCCGCCCUAGGGUGUCCUCUGCUGCGGGCGAACUAGGCCGUGGUAACCGGUCAGAGGCCAGGCUCGCUCGUCCGAGAGAAGAGCCCCACCGCACGCCGCCGCCAUGCCGGAUAGCUGGGAUAAGGACGUGUACCCCGAGCCCCCGCGCCGCACACCGGCGCCCUCGCCGCAGACCUCGCUGCCCAACCCCAUAACCUAUGUGACGAAGGCCUUCGACCUCCUCGUGGACCGGCCUGUGACCCUAGUGAGAGAGUUUAUUGAGCGGCAGCACGCGAAGAACAGGUAUUACUACUACCACCGGGAGUUCCGCCGUGUGCCAGAUAUCACCGAGUGCCAGGAAAAGGAUGUCUUGUGCAUGUUUGAAGCAGAAAUGCAAUGGAGGAGAGACUAUAAAGUUGAUCAAGAAAUCGUCAAUAUUAUCCAGGAAAGGCUGAAGGCGUGUCAGCAGAGGGAAGGCGAGAGCUACAGGGAGAACUGCGCCAAGGAGAUUGAGCAGUUUGCCCAGGUGGCCAAGGCCUACCAGGACCGCUAUCAUGACCUGGGUGCCCAUUAUUCGGCCAGAAAGUGCCUGGCGAAGCAGAAGCAGCGGAUGCUGGCAGAGAGAAAAGCUGCUAAAGAGGCCGCCGCUGCGUGAGGCAGCUUUCGGCCCCCAUACGGAACUAUUGCUAAAAUAAAGAGUAAUGUCAAAUUGG